UCGUUUUGCAACUUCUGAUGUGCUGCGCCUCUUCUGCCUCCCUCGAGUCCGGCGAGCAGCUCAGGCGACUCUCUCUCUCUCAAAGUAUCCGCAUACAGCUUGAUGAAAUGCUUGAGAAGCAGGGAACCAAAAUUGAUAAGUUGCUCAACUUUGUAAUUGAUGAUGCCGACUGUCGAAGCCUUUCUCUCUCUCAGUCGAAGUGUCGACUGUCGAAGCCUCGAAGGAAUCAAACAAUUGACAAAUCGGCGAAGUGUGGUCGACUGUCGGAGUCCUCCACCACCAUAAUCAGAUCGAUCUUACUGCCUUGACGAUUUUCUACACUUCUUCACGAUUUGCUUCACUCCCUUAGCAGGUACAUCACUGAUCACCCGUCUCUCUCUCUUUCUCUCUACUAUUUUACUCCCUCAGCAGGUACAAUCGGGUUUCUGAUAUUCAAAGCUUAUAGUUGCUUCUUUUAUUUUCUCUGGGGAAAUGUCAACUCAAAGAUUCUUCAAUACUGUCAAACAAGUUUUCCCAGCAAACUCCACCUCAAAAUCAAAUCUUGAAAUUUCCAAUUUCAUUUCCAAAACCCUAAUUACGUCAUCCUCUAAACACCUCCAAUUCCCACAGUCUCUCAUUUCCAAUUAUAAUUCCGAAGUAACGAACCUUGUUCUAUCAAACCCACAUGUAUCUACCCAAUCUUGCUUACACUUUUUCAAAUUCCUCCAGACCAACCCAUUUCUGUCUUCGCAAAAACCCGAUCUUCAAGCCCACAUAACUGUAGUCUGCCGCUUAUUCAAAGCCCGAAAAUUUGCUGAAGCCAAGAAUGUAUUGAACCAUGUUGCUCUUGAUGAUGAUCUCAUCCGUCCAGUCGCAGACAUAGCUUCUUUUGUAGCGGUUGAUUAUAAAGAACCCAAAAUUGUUGUGAAGCUAUUUGAUAUGCUAUUUAGGGUGUACGUUGACAAUAGAAGGUUUAAAGAAGGUCUAGAGGUUUUUGAGUACAUGAAAAAUAAUGGGUUUGAGAUUGAUGAGAGGUCUUGCAUGGUUUAUUUACUUGCACUCAAGAGAAGUGAUCAACUGGAGUCUUUGUUUGGGUUCUUUCGUAUGAUGGUUGAGUCGGGGGUGAGAAUUACGGUUUAUUCAAUGACAAUGGUGAUUGAUGGAUUGUGUAAAAGAGGAGAGGUUGAUAAUGCAAGAGAAUUAAUGAAUGAAAUGAUUGGUAGAGGGACUAAACCCAAUGCUUAUACAUAUAAUACAUUAGUAGAUGCGUAUAUGAGAAAAAUGGAUUUUGAGAAAGUCAAAGAAAUGUUGACUGCAAUGGAGAAGGAAGGAGUAUCACACAAUGUGGCGACAUAUACUUCUUUGAUUGAGGGGUAUUCGAGCUCUGGCAAUAUUGAACAAGCAGAGAAACUAUUUGAGGAAAUGCAUGAGAAGGGUAUAGAGGCUGAUGUUCAUGUCUACACUUCACUCAUUAGUUGGAACUGUAAGUUAGGGAAUAUAAAGAGGGCAUUUAAAUUGUUUGAUGGAUUGACAGAGAGGGGCCUUGUUCCAAAUGCCCACACUUAUGGGGCUUUGAUAAAUGGUGUGUGCAAAGCUGGGGAGAUAAAGGCGGCGGAAAGUUUGCUCAACGAGAUGCAAAGCAAAGGCCUUGAUGCAAAUCGGGUGAUAUUUAACACAUUGAUGGAUGGAUAUUGUAAGUGGGGGAUGCUAGAUGAAGCGAUGAGAUUGAAGGUUAUCAUGGAGAAAAAAGGGCUUGAGGCUGAUGUAUUUGUUUAUAAUAUCAUUGCUACUGGGAUGUGUAAACUGAAUCGGCAUGAGGAAGCAAAGGGGUUGCUGUUCUCAAUGGUUGAUAGGGGUGUGGCUCCAAACACAGUCACGUUCACAACUUUGAUAGAUUUAUAUUGCAAAGAAGGAAAUCUUGUUGAAGCUCAAAGAGUGUUCAGAGAGAUGGAGAAUAACGGAGAGAGACCUAAUGUUGUGACAUACAAUGCCCUGAUAGAUGGAUAUUGCAAGAAAGGAAAGAUGAAGGAAGCUCAAAAGCUAAGAGAUGAGAUGGAAAGUAAAGGGCUUUUGCCUGACAUAUAUACAUACACAUCACUUCUACAUGGAGAAUGUGUAUUUGGAAAGAUGGAUGAGGCUCUGAAACUAUUUAUUAAGCAGAUAGCUUGGAGAGGUUUAGUCCCAAACAUGGUAACUUACACUGCGUUGAUUUCAGGCUUGUCAAAGGAGGGAAGAUCAGAUGAAGCUUUUAGGUUGUAUGAUGAGAUGAUAGAGGCAGGCCUUACACCUGAUGACACUGUAUACUCUUCCCUUGUGGCCAGCCUUCACGUUUCUAAAUCUUCGCUUGGUAGCUAGUCUCAGCUGAAGUGAAUUCACUUUUGACUUGACUUUUGGUGCUUCAGUUUAGCUACCAUCUGGUAAGCUGCUACUUGAUUCCAGCAACUGCGAUGGUGGAGACAUGCUAGCUUUGAUGCUCUUUCUGAAAUGGUGUACUUGGCAAGGGAUUAUAUGGUGAGAUACUUCUCUGUGAAUGGAAAAGUUGCUGGAGGUCCAGCUGUUUCCUAACCAGGUCUAGGGCGAGGAAAGUGAGUUCAGUUUCUAGUUUGUGCUGGCCCAGUAUAUUCUCUAAAACACUCCAGAGUUUGCAUCAAAGGUUCCAGCUUCAACAAUUGCGUGUUUUGCAGAGGUAAGUACAUAUUUUUUUAGUCCGUCGACCUUGCUUUAUUUACUUGCCGUCCUUGAUACAAGAACCAGACAUUGUAUGUCAACUACCACCUUACUGCCUAGUGAAGUGAAAAAGAUUUGUUCCCUGAGUAUGUUGUUUAAAUGUUUAGUGGGAGCAUUGGUUAGAUCUCAAAAGACCUGGGACCCCAGAGGGUUGAAGAAGUGUAGUGAAAAUUAACCCCAAUAAAUUUUGACCAAUUCAACAAUAAACUCAACAAUCAUAUCAGACAAUCAAAUUACAAUAAUCAAUUAAGCAUCAGUUAUGAUGAUAUAAGCAGUUUUACUCAUGGGUCCAGUGUAAUCCAACCAAUUUGAAAUAUUUAGGUAAAGUACCUAAUGAUUCGGUAUAUUAAGGAUAUAUCUAAAAUAUUAUACAUAGACCUCUAAAGUUUGUACGCGGAUAACACUCAGAUUCCUGUCAUCAAUGUCUAUUAGAAUAUCUGUUAAUAAAUUAUACUCAGACUUCUGAAGUUUAUAAGCGUAUAAUAUUUGUACCCCUCAAGUUUAAAAUGUUAUACUUAAAUAAAAA